UCAAUUCGCAUUGGAGCUACACAGUACGUGCAUUCAGCAACACAACAAAAAACUACCCAAACCUAAAAGGGUUUGCUUGAGCACCUUGAAUGAGACACUAACAGCAUGCAUUUCAUUUUUUACUCACAGACAGUAGCAUGGACGAUAUUGCCGAGACACUCAGGCGCGAGAUCACGCUUGAUGGCUACCGGGGAACCAAAUUAGGUCGGCUCUGGGUGUACGUCGAGCAGGCACAAAGGCAACUUCUGGAAAAGAACAGCCUGGACAGCAGUUCGGUGGAGGUAGACGAAGGGAUGAAGAGCUACCUGUGGCCCCACAUUAUGCGACUCAAGAACAUGGUAUUUUUUGAGGACAAAGUCGUCAUAUACGACUCAGCAGACUUGGGUAAUAGCGCAAACACAAUGUUGCCCACGUUGACCCUGGCUCAGGCUGAGCAGCAGUAUCCGCAGCUGACUGUUCGUGGGUCAUCAGGCGCCAUCAACAAGGAGCUGUUUGGGCGCGAGGAAGGGUCACGGAAGGUGCUUGCGUCGGAAAAGGCAUUUGAGAUUAUGCAGUUGCUGGCACAGUCGCGGAACACGGGCGUAACGCAGUUCAAACUAGGGAAGGACGUCAACGUUGAGCCAAAGUCGGUGUUCCAUUACGUCAAGAUCCUUGACGCCGAAGGGUUGAUUGUCAAGCUGGCCACAUACCAAAAUGGCACGCACACAAACUUGGUGAUGCUGCGUCGGUUUUCAAACGACCUGUCAGACACCAAGGCAGCUUUGAACUUCAUCAAGGACAGUGGUGAGGGCGAGCAGGCCCUUGGCGCGGUGGACAGCCUGGUGCGGUAUGGUUUGCGGCAAAAGAUAUCAGAUGCUCUGGAGAAGUCCGAGGGCGGUGUGAUGGUCGAGACGGACCUUAUCGACGCCCUGCAGCUGGAUCUGUGGAAUCUCAGCCAGCGCAAGUACUUUCAUCGUGUUGUUCGCAACCUCAUCGAUGGUGGUGUUCUGGAGCGGGUGCGCGUGCAAGUGAAGGACAUUGUGCCCAGUGGCGGCCGGCCGUCGAGGGAGGCAGUGGACUCCGAAGAGCCAGAUAGCCCUGAGGAAGAGAGUGCUUCUGGUGCCAAGGAGAAACAAUUAAAGCGGAAGAUGGAGAAGACACGCGUCGGUCAGACCAAGAAACUACGGACAAAUAAGCCACGUCCCAAGGGGCCAGGGCAUCGCGAGGGCCACUCGUAUAGGCGGUGUUUGCGACUCCUCACGCCGUAUGUCAGCAAUCAAGUCAGGCGGGACAAGAUGGGAAUUCCACGGAGAGCCCACGACGGGCAAGAUGAUGCCGUGCCCGAGGUUGACGAGGAUGACGACGAGGACGACGUUGAUGUUGAUGCUGAUGCUGACGAUGACGAUUAUGAUGGGGGUGCAAACGGAAUACCUGACAUUGAGGCCAUCAAGGAGAAGGAGGACCUGCGCUAUUUGCUGUCCAAGGACGAGGUGCAGAUUGGCCUGCUGGCGACGCUGCCCUUGGAUGCACAGGUGUUUCGGUUAAUCGCUCUGUCGGGUGCGCACGGGACCGUGAUAAACGCGAUGCUCUUUUUGCUGGGCCAGGUCAGCUACAAGAUGAUCGUGCGCGUUCUGGGGCGGCUGGAGAAGACGCCUGUGCACGACUCGAACAGGAUGCUGCCGGGCAUGAUUAUGGACGCCGUAGACGCGAGUGAGAACGAGAACGAGUUCUUGGUGACGUCUGUUAACGAGUUUUUGGGGCGCGAGAAGCGCAAGCGCUACUAUGCCAACCCUCUGGCGUGGGCGGCGAUUGCGUCGCUGACAGUGGAUCACUCGACAACACAUGUAAUUAGGGCCGACAACAAACUGGACGAAGCGAUUAAUCAGCCGCUGAUCCGGAUGCAGUUUUGUAGCGAGUCGGAACCUACAGAUGCCACCAAUGGCAACGUCGGCGCAGCUCCUGAAACUGAACCCGAGGCCGACGCUUAUUCCGAAGCCGAAGCCGAUGCAGAUACUGCGGCUGAGACUGCAAGGGCAUUGGAAAGUGACUACGGCAGCAUCGCUGACAUUAUUCGCGAGGCGCACGAACGUAGGGAGCCGGUCAACACGAUCAUCCGCGAGCGCGUCAUUCUUCGAAUGGUCCAGCGUGAGUGCGUCUUUUUGUGCGGGCAAAACAGCGUCAGCCGCUGCAAUCAGGCCAUGCGGGCGUACAUUGUGGCGCACAAGGGCUCCUACGGGAUCACACCAGCGAUGUUGUCGUCAGCCCAGAAUCAUGCCAUGGACAAGCGCACCUUCAUGCGCACGCUGGCUGGUAUGGCAGCACUGGACAAGUUGUUUAUCCAGGUGGUUGACUCAAUGCCGCUGCCGUCGUCGGCCAACCAGUCUCGUGAAGUUUACAUUGUCAUCGCCCGCAGCAUUGAUCCGCGCGGGCAGUUAGUUGAGUCCUUUAUGAACGAGCUGCGCGAACGCCGCAAAAUCCACUCUGUAUCAAAGAUGACCGUGCUUCCCUUGGUCGACCUUGGCGUCGACGUGCCGCGCACGCAGCGGGCGGCCCAGAUCGACGCGCAGAUCAAGGAGAACGAGAGGCGGCGCCAUAUUGGCCACGGAAGCAACAUGCUGACGAAGGGGCGCACAAAGAUGCAGCAUAUUUUUGCGCACACAGAAUCCAAUGGUGAUAGUACGUGGAAGCGCGUGUCAAAGAUGCUCGAGUACCAGCUCCGCCGUAUUGGGCGCAUGAUUGACCUGCACACAUUUUUGGCAUCCAAACUGCCCAAGCUGGUCGAUGACAAGCGUGUGUUUAAGAACCUCGCUUUCCAGGCAACGUUCUUAUUCUCGGCGCUGCCCCUGGGGCUGUAUCUGCGCCUGUGCGGCGGGAUCCUGCACUUCCCUGCUGCGAGGCAUUACAUCCGGCAUGGCCAUUUUUCUGAGGAUAUCGACACGGAUGAGGAGGACGACUUUGAUAGGUAUCCGACGUCGCCGAUUGAGGAAAUUGAAAAACGCAUGGACACGCCCAUCAUGGACCUGCCGAAGCCGCUGCUCAACAGGUUCUACUCGCGGCUCACCAAGGCGCGACCCCACCUCCAGCAGCUUGUACACUCGCUGUGCGUAAUGCGCUUGCUCCGCCCAGUGCAGGCGGUGGCCGACAUAGUGGACAUGCCGCCGGCAGACUCGAAGGAUCUCCAAACUCUGCCUGAAAACCUACGCUUCCUUAACUACGGGUACCAGCUUGUAGGCCACGCGCGCCUGCUGAGCCGCGCCUCAAUUUGCAACCCCGACGGCCCACUAACCUUCCAAGACGACCGCGUGUUCAAUAUUUUGGAAGGGGACGAAGUGUAUACCUUUUGGAACGCUGUCGAGAAUAUGCACCGCAAUGCUGAGCCCAAGCUGCCGCGGGCGAGCCCGCUCUACGGCAUUGACCAGUUCUCGUACUGGACCCGGCAAAUGUCGCUCUCGCCUGAACAGACGGCGCAGCUGAGCUCCUUUGUCGGCGACACUUCUCACGAGACGCCGCUCGAUGAACCUGAGCGCCUGCAUGAGGCGGCGCAGGCCGCCGGCGUAUCGGUCGAACUUGCGCGGCGCUACUACCGCAAUGUGCACUUAACCAUUGGCAGGUACGAGAACAGGCGCGACAAGGAGCGGAAGCGCCACACCUUCAUCUCGCAGAAAAUCAAGCGCGCCAAGGAAGCGGCGGCGGCAGCGGAAUCUGCUGGGCAGUCGAUGGAGCUUACACGCAGGUGCCGGCGGCGUCCCUGGAGCGAGUCCGACUCAACCAUUGUCGCGCUGGCUUAUAGUGUGCUACGCAACCACGCUUGCACCCACAGGCACCCGUUCUUGCUGCAUGGUCUGGGCACUCUGUUUCCGUCCCGCGUGCAUACCAACAAACCCGGAGAGGGCGUGCGCCAGCGCUGGGUUCGCAUGCGCAGGCAGCCUGGAUUCCGUGCCAUGUCCGACACGCUGACUGUGCUGUGGAAGUACGUGCUUGAUGAUGCGGUUACGGCCGGGGAGUUGGUUGAUACGCCGGACAUUGCUGAUCUUGACCUGCGCAGCAUGAUUAACCAUUUCCGUGCGGUGCUGCGAGAAUCAACGAUUGACGUCCUACUGGAUCGCUACGCCGAGAAGAUUGCUGAGGAUAUGCCCGAUGGCUGGGAGGAUCUUGUCAGGGGCAGCUCGCUAGCCUCGGUCAUAUCCGUGGGCAAAGAUGAAAUUCCAGAGCCCUCCAAGGAGGCGCUGGCCAAGGACGCGGCCGAGCGCAAGCCUCCGUCUUCUUCGGCUUCGCGCCGGAUCGUGCACGACUUCCGCCAUCGGCUGCCAUCUACAAUGUUUGGCCACGAAGCCAAAUAUGGUGUUGUUGUGCAGAAUGAGCAGCGGGCGCGCGGCAGCAAGGCCAUGCUGCUGACUGAUUUUAAGGAGGACGCAUACCGCGAGGGCAUGUUUUUGCACGCGCGCCGCUCGCUGGCUUACGACGCCAUGCUCACCGCUCAUGCUAGUUAUCAAAACAUGGGUGAUAACAGCUGCCAGGUCGUGACAAUGCUGAAGGGGUCGGAGGACCGGGAGCCCGAGAUCGUUUCGGAUGCUGCGGCUUCCAUGGCGUAUCCGGAUGCCAUGUCGGCGUUCUAUCCUGUUCAGCGCACGUUCGAUGCCAGCGACCUUGCCAAGCAGAUCCAGGCGCUGGCCAUUGGCCGACCCGUGGCUGUGUCCGAAAAGAAGGCUGAAAAAAAGGCCGAAGGAGGGGCCGAAGUUGCAGUUGAUGUGGUUCAGUCGCCUGCGGAAAGCAUGGAUGUGGACAGAGCGGCGGCUGAGCCAACCAACGAUGCUGACGGCGCGAGCGACUUUGAGUCACAGCCGACUUGCAUUAAAACGGACGAACGCUACGCCCAAGUGGCCACCAUGCAGGCCAUGUUUGUCAACCUCACUCUGACGCCCGAGUCCCAAUACGACGUUGCUACGGGGCACGGCCUGCUGACCCAAAACGAGAGUGCUGCGAGGCAAGCCAUGGAUGCGCUUGGAAAGAACUCCAUUAUUAACCGACUCCCCAGUAUGGCCUCCACCAUUGGACUGGAAGGCCCUGCGGACCCUGAGGUAAGUCAGUCGGAAACCAGGGCCACAGUUGUAGUCCACGAGACCACGGGCACCACGCGCAUAGUUGCAAAGGGGAUUGCUCACGGCACCGGCGACGACGAAGACAACGCCAUGGAUGUUGUUGACGAGACAGGUGAGCGCCGGGUUCCAGGUCGUGGCAUUUCGAUCGGCGACAAGUUUAUGUGCGCAAUCAUGUCGACACUCCCCAGCGGAUAUGUGCGGGACCCGAUGUGGGCCCCUGUGCCCGCCGACACCCCGAUUGACCGGCGCCUUGGGUCCGGCGAGUUUGUCCAUAUGUGUCGCCAGAUUGCCGGCAGCAAGCUGUGGCUGCGCCCGGCGUACCCGACUGAUCUCCAGAGUCGCUCGGUUAGCGGCUUGGCUGGCUUCAGGCAGCAAGAAUCUGGGAACAUGGUUGAAGUGUUGAUAAAGGUCCUGAUAGACCAGUCGGCUGUCCCCAGUGGCGCCAGCGGGGACAUCGAGGGUACUAGAGAAGUGGUUCGCGGCCAUGCACUGGAGCUCACUGGGCUUAGUGGACCAUCGCUGGAUACUGCCUUGCGCAUUGUCACGGGCACUGUUGGCCUAUUGGGUGCACUUGGGGCAUCUCCACAUGAACUCUGCGCACUUUUCUCUCGCCACACGACAUCCCUCAAUGGCGUCUCCCUGGAAAUUUGCACUGCUCUGUGCUCCAUUCUACCAACAACGUAUUUGCUGCGCUUGUUGUCUAUGGAUCGCAAACUAAUGGUGGUCGGCAGUAAUGAUUUGCGGUAUGUUUCUGUGGAAGCAUUUAAAGCGCAUUGGUCUCUGCGCAUUCCCAAUAGCGCAGAUCUAUUGCCGCCAUAUAUAGGUUACAACCUGUCGGGAUCUGCGAUUAACUCGGAGUAUAUCUUGGGAAUGUCUAAGAGUUUGCUCGGGCAUGUGUUUGAUAAUCCGGGCGUUUCAAUUGUUGUGCUGAUGCGCAGAUAUUAUGCGCCGUAUAUUUCAAAGUUUGAGGUUAUGAGGUAUCUCCGCGUGCUUGUUGAUUUGGGUAUUUUACGUGAAGAGUGGGAUGCGGUGUUGGGCGGUGGAACUACUACUUACUAUUUGGAUGAUGUGUAUCAUUAUCGCUUGCGGGGUAUCAGGACGAUGUGCUCAAAAUUGACACUUUUGUUGUAUUGAUUUGCAUUUGAGUUUAUUUUUAUUUUUUAUUGACAAUAAUUUCUAUACAAAAGGUCAGUCGACACCCAAAAUGUUUGGGGGGAGCAGCAGCAGCAAGCGAGUAAACCAUGUGGUUUCCAUGAAUUGAUGUUACUCUAAGAACACAAAUAACCAAUACAAAUAGUUUUUUUUGCUAUUGAAACAACUUUUUUU